GACUUGUAGUUUUUCCGGUGGUUUUGUCUCCGAAAUUUGUUAUGUUACUUGUUCAGCGUCACGCCCAGUCCGUUGCCGCCCUAAUAGUGUUUUUGGCUGUUGUCAUUUCUAAUGGCCAGGACUACAGGUAUCAGACUUACGGUGGUCUCGACACCAAUCCGAUAUCACAAAAUAAAUACGAUUAUAAGCCACCGCAAUCAGCGGGCAACAACUACAAUCCGCAACUAAACCAAUAUGGUCAGCUGAACAAUUACCCUAAUCGGCCACCUUAUAAUCAACCUGACCGUUUUGGGAAUCCGUCAUAUCGACCUAAUAACUACAACUAUCUGGGUGAAGAUCGAUUAUUACUUCCUGGGGUUUUAGGUCAGUGGCGUCCUGAUUUACAAGGAAAAGAAAGAGCAGAUUCAAAACAAUCCGAUAGGGAUGUAUUUGUGUCUACAAAAUAUGGUCAAGUUCAAGGUUUCAAAGUGCUCUUAUUUGAUAACCCUCUACCAGAGAGUGGAUAUAGACCCUUUCAAACACCUGUUGAAAGAAAACAAGGUGAAGUCGCAGUAUUCCUUGGUAUACCAUAUGCAGCAUCUCCAAUUAAUGAUGGCAGAUUUCGGCCACCACGACCUCAUAAAGGUUGGCAGUUAUAUCAAGCAGUUGAUUUUGGACCUGCAUGCCCACAACCAGCUACAUACACUGGUUUUACUAAAGGUGUACCAAAAGUUGACGAAGAUUGCUUGUAUUUAAAUAUAUUUAUGCCAUCAACAGAUAAUGUACCAGCUAAACCAUAUCCAGUUAUGUUUUAUAUACAUGGUGGUGAUUUUUUUCAUGGCUCAUCAAAUUCUUUUAACGGGCAUAUGAUGGCGGCAUUUUAUAAUGUUGUAGUUGUAACUAUCAAUUAUCGUUUAGGAGCCUUAGGAUUUUUAAGUACUGGUGAUGACAAUUCACCUGGUAAUUAUGGACUUAUGGACCAAGCAAUGGCUUUACGUUGGGUAUAUGAUAAUAUUGAAUAUUUUAAUGGUGAUCGUAAAUCUAUUACAUUAUUUGGGCCAGAUGCUGGUGCUGCUUCUGCUGGACUAUUAAUGGUUAAUCCAAAAACUAGUUUCAUGGUAUCUAAAGUUAUUGCUCAAAGUGGUUCAGCUCUUGCGGAUUGGGCACUCAUAAAAGAUAGAUGGCGAGCUUUAAAUACAACUAAAGUGUAUGCUGCGCAUAUUGGCUGUAAUACUGAAUCUUCAUGGAAAAUUGUAGACUGUCUUAAACGAGGUAGGAGUUUUUUGGAACUCGGAGCAGAGUUUAAGCCUAAAAUUGGUUUUAAUGCUUGGGGACCAAUAAUUGACAGUGAGUUUUUGGUGCCUAAAAGUGAUUGGUAUGAUGGUUGGCAACAAUCAGAUUGGCAUUUCAUUAAUGAAUCAGUAGAAAAUGCAAUUCAUUUAAGACAUUUUAACAAAGAUCUUAGAUACUUAAGUGGUGUUACUACUCAAGAAGCAGCAUAUAUUUUGAACAAUAAUAAAACUUACUCAGUAACUGAAGAGUUAUUUAACAAACAAAUUAAAGAAUUAGUUCUUCAAUAUAAUUAUACACUUAAUCCUUCUGGAGUUUUUCAAGCAAUAAAAUAUUUGUAUACAUAUUGGCCUGAUCCACUUAAUCAAGAUUCAAUAAGGACUCAGUAUAUAAAUAUGUUGUCAGAUUUCUUAUUUGUUGCUCCUCAUGAUCAAAUAGCUAAAUUACUUGUGGCUGAAAAUGUACCUGUUUAUUUGUAUGUUUUAAAUACCACUGUUUCUAGUAUUCCAGUUCCAGAUUGGAGAUUGUACUCGCAUGAUACAGAGUACUUUUUUUUGACUGGUGCUCCUUUUAUGGAUAGUGAAUUCUUUCCUCGUUUAUCAAAUAUGGAUAAAAGAAAAUGGACAGAUAGUGAUCGAAAUAUGAGUCAUUUAUUUAUGAAGGCUUACACUAAUUUUGCUACUCAUGGAAAUCCCAGCCAUUCUCAAAUUUUAGGUAUACAUUUUGAUGUGGCACUUAAAGGUGAUUUGAAAUAUCUAAAUAUCAAUACAACAUAUAAUACUACUAUUAAACAAAAUUAUCGACAAAUGGAAUCUGCGUUUUGGUCAGAAUAUUUACCUACUGUUAUUGGUAUUAUUGUACCAACAUAUCCUCCUACCACUGAAUUUUGGUGGGAACCUAAAACUCCAAUUCAAGUGGCAUUGUGGGGUCUUUCCAGUCUUAAUAUGAUUUUAAUUGCCUUGACAGUUAUACUUUGCAUUUUGUGGUACAACGCUAGGAAAACUAAAGAUCGAUAUUAUAAUGGUGAUGUAUUGGUUGUUAGAGAAGAACCAAUGGCAAUGAGCCGUCAAGGCAUUGACAACCGUAGUGUAACCAGUAAUAUAUAUGAAUACCAUGAUGCACCGAUUAAAACAUUACAUGCUUCGCCUAAAAAGACUGCAUCUGCUAGCACAUUGAGAACAAAUAGCGCUGCUUCUAUGAGGGAUCAUCCAAUGACCAUAAGUGAUAAACCUGUACCACAAACUCAAGUUUAA